ACCGAAAGAGCUCUAGCUAUGGCUGAAAGUAGGGCUAUGAGUUUGUCUGAGUGAGCACAUGAGAAAAAAGAGACAGAAGAAAGAAGGCGCCUGGGCUAAAGAGACAUGACAAGGAUUAAUUCACGAUGUGGAACAACAAGGAAGCCAUUUCAACUCAGCUGGUCCGGACUCGAGUAGCAAGACAGGAAGCACAAAAUAAAAGUGCAGAGAGGCUGACUUGCCUGAACAAGAAGCAGGAAAAAAUGACUGAGACUGUUACUCACUCCUCCAAGGGGGGAGAGUAACACCAGACAGGAAGAGAGUGAGAACGGGAAGAAAGGUCAAAGAAAACAGAAGGAAAAAGAGGCAAAAGAUUAACACUCUUGAGAGAGUGUACGUGUGUGCGCAGAGAGAGAGAAAGAGAGAGAGAGGUCUGCAGAGGGGGAGAAAAACUAAAAUCAUUGCCAACGUGACAGACAGCUGAUAAAGACCGAAGGUUGUGAAAGAGGGAGACAGAAGGUGAGGGGGGCUAACGGGGGAGGUUAGCAGGAGGAGAGAGGUAUGAGGGGACAGCUCUCGAGACCAUUCUCCUUUUUGAUGAUCAUCCUCUUUUUGGGGAUCCUCCUGAUCCUUACCAUCUCAUACAUAUUGGACAAGAGUGAUGAGGAACUUCACCGGCUGAAGCCUCCAAAGAAAGACACCCCUCAGUCCUCUGACUCCUGUAAAUACUGUAAAGAACAAGAAGAGAUCGAGAAACUAAAGGAGCUUUACUCUCAACCCUGGAAGAAACAGGAGGGUAAUUACCAACACUAUAGGUCUCUGCUAAGCAGCAAGUGCCAUGGAUAUGACAAAGCCAUCAUUACUCAGGCCAACACUCCAGUGGGAACAAAGCUUGUUUAUGAUGGGGAAAAGAAAAGGACCCUUCAUGUGAACGCAGAGAUUUUCUCCACCUUUGCAAAAGGACAUCCCUUCUCAAAUAAAACGCUGCAAACUUGCACUGUUGUUGGGAAUGGUGGGAUACUGGCCAAUAGCAGCUGUGGAAAAAUGAUUGAUGCCGCUCAGUUUGUUAUCAGGUGUAAUCUACCUCCUUUAUCAGAUGGAUAUGAGAAACAUGUUGGCAACCAUACUGAUCUUGUGACAGCCAACCCAAGCAUCCUCUUAGAAAAGUAUGGGGCACUAAUGGGACGCCGGCGUUCAUUUGUGGAGAGUCUGCGUAAAUAUGGUAACUCCCUGCUGCUUAUUCCUGCCUUCUCCUAUGGCCACAACACUCCUGUGUCUUUGCGAACUUUCUACACCAUUGAGGACUUUGGAAGUCCAACCCAACCUGUCUUCUUCAACCCAAAGUACCUUCAGAGUCUAGAACGCUUCUGGCGCUCGAAGGGCCUGAGGUCAGUGCGGCUCAGCACUGGCAUAAUCAUGGCUAGCCUGGCGCUUGAACUUUGUGCCAACGUGGAUUUGUACGGUUUCUGGCCUUUCAGUUUCCAUCCAGAUGACUUUCAUGCCCUGACAAACCACUAUUAUGACAACAGACAGACUAAAGUGAAGUUCCACGCAAUGCCAGCUGAAUUCAAGUUCUUGCUGGAGCUGCACACACAGGGGGUGCUCAGGCUUCAUCUGGAAAACUGUAGCAGAGUAAAUGUGCAGUACUCACUAAAAUCACAAAAGUGUGAUAGUUGUGGAAGAUCUCUGCAUUAUGGAUGAUCUGAAGGAAAGACAACAUUGCCUCAAAUACAAACCAUUACAUUUGCCUGGGGUGUGCUUAACCGAGGAACCAAAGUGAGGCUUAGAGCCAAGGACAAAAUAACAGAGAAGGAGUCCCUGCCCACCACAGUGACCAAUCUGGUAAAAGUACAGUACUGCCACAAAGUGGUGACACACACGUAUUGGUAUGUGGACACAAGUAAAAAUUACUUGUGUAAAAAUGUGAUUAUGAAGCAUGCGGCUUAGGUGGAAAGCGCUGCUUAAAAUAUUUUGCAUCCAGCAUUGAAUGUUGAAUGAGUAUUGCCUUUAAUCCUUACAUUUUCAAAAGUCUUAAUGUUCUUUUUUCCAUGAAGAAAAAUAGCAUAGAUGUAGUAGAUGACCAAACUUGACAACUCUUUGGUAGUCAGCUGUAGAGUCGUGUGAAUAUGUUUUGAGCAUCACAGUUUAAGAGGGAAAGUGAAGUUAAAGUAAAUAUAAAUAUUAAAUAUUAAAUCUAUUUCCCAGACUUCUUUAGUUGCUUGAUUUAGUGUUUCUGAGCUUUCAAAUACCACAAAACCUGCCAGGAUUGGUCCCACAGUUUUUUUUUUUUUUUGUUUUUUUUAGGGGGGGGGUCUCAAAGUUUCUUUUGUGCUGGAGUAUCACAUGAUGAUUUAUUUAUAUUUUCACAGGCUUACAUUUUUCAAUUAUCUCCUUUUAUAGAAAUUGUAUAACCUGGAGCAAGGUACAUGCUAGUGUAACAGUUUGCACUUGUUUUGUUACUUCCUGUUUUAUCAAUGCACUUCCUGUCUCCAAUUUCAAUUCAAGUAGCUGAAUGAAAAGCACCUGUUAGAAGUGGGUUGAGUCUAUAAAGGCCCCUGACUAACCUUUCUAUCUCUCUCUCCAUCCAGCAGCAGCACCACCACUUGGUAAAACAAUUUUUUGGUUUCUUUUUGUUUUUAUUUUCUUUUAUGUUUUCAAUAAACACGACUGUUAUCGAUCUCA